ACGAAAGUAGAGUGUGUUUUAUAUGUGAGGUCAGGGAGGCGAUCAACGAGUGUAAUACAAUGGCAACACGAAAGUUACUUUGUCACCGUUUAGUGUCGUGUACAACGACACGAAACAUUUGCCGUGUGUGCUCUGUGCUUUUUGAUAACUUCAAUGGGCAAAAAAUUGUUUUUGACAAUCACCACAGCCAAGGCCAAAGUCACAACAAAACAAGCUUGUCGGUGGAGGCAGGGCUGAAACAGAAAUCUCUUACUCGUCACAGUCCUCAGUAUCAGCCUCAGUACAAUACCCGACGACGAUAUCAUCAAAGUGGAAGCUGCAGAACUUUGCCUACUCUAGCAGGACAAACAAAUAUUGAUAAAAACCAGUAUCAUCUUUGUUUUGCUUACUCGUGCUUUCGCCCCAGAGCCAGAAUAUUUUCUUGUGCUAGCUCUAGUGACUCGUCACAGGGGUCUGUGGAUAGAAAUAUUGGGGAAGAACAAAAACAUGUAAUUACUAAAGAAGAAUUGGCACAUGAUCCUGAUUUUAAAGAACUACUCAGUGACAUCAGGAAUGACUUUUCUGAGAAGCAACUCAUGAAUGAAGGGACAAGUAGUAGUAGUGACAGUGAUGACUCGGCUGACCUUGAUGUGAAUUCUGGUGUUGGUACAGUCCGAGCUGGAAACAAUGUGAAGGGUGAUAACAAUAUUGCAGAGGACCUCCAGUUGUUGGAAGUAGUUGAUAAUGAUCACGGGUAUGACUAUGAGGUGGCUAAUGAUAUUGAAGAGUAUGAUUACAAGGAUGAGAAUGAACUGCAUGCUCAACAAAUCCGGGAAGACAAAGUUUUGAGCAUCAGUCUACAACGUGGAGAAAAUGGUGUGUUCGACUUGGAUGAAUUUUUGACCUUCUUGGAUGACCUUGGCGCUGAAAAUGUGGUCACCAUACCCAUACCGCCAGAAGCGAACUUUUGUGACCAUAUGGUCGUGGCAUCAGCAAAGUCUAUGCGGCAUAUGAAGGCUGUCCUUGAGGAGCUACUAUGGGUGCACAAACGGAAAAAGUCGCCGGAGGAUCCUCAUCUGGUGAUUGAAGGACUGGAUGACAACUAUUGGAGUGCAAUGGACAUUGGUAACAUUGUCUUGCAUCUGUUCUUUGGCCAUGCACGAGAAUACUACGACAUUGAGUCUUUGUGGCAACUGGGACCUGAGAAUGACCCAAAAACACAAGAACAGAGCAAAGAUCCAUAUGUACUCUCAGCAGAGGAUCUUUUCUGGCUGGAGACUGCCGAUUCUGAAAGCAGUGCUGAGAGUGAACGAGAGAAGGGGGAGAAGACGAAGCCCACUGCUGACCCAUCCAGUUUAGGUCAGAGGGUGUCGUCACAAACUUGGCCGAAAGGCAUGGGAGAGACAGAUGCAGGAUGGAGUGUGGAGGAGCCUUCAAAUUCCUCGUCAAAGUAAACUGCUGCCUUGAUAUUUGAUUUUAUGUCCUGAUGCAUUGUGUAGGCCUAGCUAUAUAUGUGUGAUGAUAAGGUCUGACGGUUUGGUCCACUUGGUACACAUUUCUUAAUUUUAGUUCUUAGUACUGUUGAAAAGAGGAUGAAAUUCCCUUUCUUUCAUUUGCCACCCAUUUCUAAAGAAUACAAUGAAAUUUAACGAAAGGACUGGUAGUUCAAUUGGAAAGCUUCUCUACUGUCCUAGGCAAAAUACAGAGAUAUUUAUAAUCAAAGAUUUGACUUAUAUCUCCAUAACGACAGAUAUCUCCCAAUCAAGCUUGGUUCAUUAAAAAUUUGGCACUCAUCUUUAUCAAUUUAGUGCCAAUGCACACUCCAAUUUUUAGAUCAUUUGCUUUAAGUUUUGUUUCUAUAGCUUAUUCACUUUUGUUUGACUGCAUUAACCAAAUUUUUACUAAUUCAACUUACCUAUGCCCACGAACCUGCCGUUCAGUCCCGGCAUUGAAAAGAAUAGGACUGACGUGGUGCUAGCGUGUCGUAGGAGGCGACUAAAUGGCGAAACCAGGUAGUGACUCCCGAAACAGAGUCAUCCUCCAGGUCGGGGGUUGAGUCACGAGGGUAACAACCUCUCUCGUAAAAAGAACUUGUUACAGAAACACAAACAAGCAAAAACCAUUAUCUCCUUGGCUGGUCGUGGAUUUUCUCCGAAUGUACAGUUUAUGAUGCGAGGCAGUGAAAGCCAAAAGGAAGCUGCUGGGCAGAAGCCUCCACCAUCAUCAAAGUAACAUGGAGGAGAUGUGUGGAAAGGGGCAUGAGAGAGAUGAAGCUCACUUGGAACGAGCUAGGAAGGAUGGCCCAGGACAGAUCAAUGGAAGGAGCUUGUAUGUGGCCUAUACCCCUGCCAGGGGUGAAAGGCACUGAUGAUGAUGCCCACAAAACUUUGCAUGGCACUUCCGCUGGCCAGUGACCAAACAAAAAUUUUGAUUCAGUAAUAAUAAAGUUUUUCUCUUAAGGCUAUAUAUAUAUAUUAAAAACCGCUCCUUGGAUGCAUACACAAGACUACUAAAAUAAAUUACUUACAGAUCCUUUUCAUUAUAUUUUAACUCUUUCUAUAACGAUAGUGAUUUUGGGUUCUGACCGCAGGUUGCAAGCAGUAAGCUAGAAAAAUCUUGAUGCUUCAUUUUGAUGCCUUAUCUACAGGGUUAUAUGACAAAAUGGUACAACAUGUCAUAUAUCAACGGAAAGGGAAUUGAUUGAACUUUUUAUAGCAAAAGAGAAGAAUGUCAUAAUGUAAGGGAGGUAAGCAAUAUGACAGAAGACAGGUGAAAGAAAAUGGGGAGACAAUUUUUUACAACUUAUAUUUGAUGGACUCACCUCAACUUGUCAAGCUUGAAAACUGCUAUAAUCCAAAUCAAUUGUCGUAUUAUAUGAAAAUAUAUCCAUUUUGCUGCACACCAGUUUUUGUUUGAAGUCUCUAUGUCAUUCCUUAGUCAAAUAAUCACAAUUUGAAAAAUGUCACCACACAC